GCCCCGACUGCAGUCAGGCAUGCAAUGCAACACAGCAAGAGUACUCCUCGUGUUGCUGUCUCGUUGGGGGGUUCCGAGGCCAGGAUUAUCAUGGCGGCCAACAAAUUGUCUCUGGUGGCCGUGCUCGUAGUCGUAGCGAGCUACGCGGCGCUGUCGUCGGCCAGGACAUUCACCGUCGGUGACGACCAGGGCUGGAUGAGCGGCAUCGACUACACCGACUGGACCACCGGCAAGACGUUCGCGGUCGGAGACAAACUACGUUUCAGCUACGGGAGCCAGUACCACACGGUGACGGAGGUGAGCAAGAGCGGCUACUACACCUGCUCCGCGAACGACGCGCUCAGCGACGACACCAGCGGCUGGACCGUCGUCACGCUCACGGCGCCCGGCACGCGCUACUUCAUCUGCAACAUCCCGGGCCUCUGCAGCAGCGGCAUGAAGCUGUCUGUCACCGUUCCCGAGAGCGGCCCCGUGCCGUCGGAAGCUACCAGGGGCGGCACCCUGGUUCCGGCCAUGGGCUCUGUGGUGGUCGUCGUCGCCGUGGCCACGGGGGCUCUGAUCAAGCUCGCACUGUUCUGAUCGAUGUACCAAAACCGCCGCCGCAGAGAGCGUACAGUGCAUACAGUGUUUAUAUGCAGAGUGCAGAUGUUUAGUGGAUCGUGUGUUAAUCACCAAUUGACCAGAUUUGCCCUAACUUUUGCCAGCAUCGUUCUUGUUGAAGCAUAUAUAUGUGAAAUAUAUGAGGAUUCGGUUGGGCCAGGAGCUAUAGCGGGCCACUUUUUUUAA